UACAUGGGCUCGAUCUAGCUGUCAAAAUAUGUAAACAAACAAAACUUGCGGAUUGCGGGUCAAACCCGAAAUGAGCUGUAAACAUUAUAAAAUGUUAAGAGUUAGUGUAGCUAGAAUACAUAAAAUACAUAGAAGAAAUUACUGUGAUAUAUUUCCCGUUAGUGAAGUAAGAAUAAUAAGACAAAAAAAUACCAAAAAUGAUGAUAACCUAAAAGUUGAGGAACUACCGAAACCAAAUAAUGUUUCGAAAGAGUUUAGAGUCAAUGAAGUUAAUAUACAGUUGAUAUCGAAGAAUAUUCACGAACAGUUAUUCAAACAGCAGAGCCCCAAAUUAGAUCCAGCUACGAUCAAGAGCUGUCAAGAAAACCUGAAGAAACAUGGCAUCAACAUCAGCGACACCAAAGUUCUACCAGACGUAGAGCUGAAGCUUCCAGAACUGAAAGGGAAGGAUGUGGUUGAACAUUUCUACAACAUUGGUGAGGAACAAAGCCGGGCAUACCGGGAACUGCUAGAGAAGCUCGUCAGCUGUGACCUUCCUCCUUUGCCCAAGAAAUGGUCCCGCCAGGCUGGCUGGUCUAAAUACGUAGGAGAUGAUCCACCUCAGCCAGUCCCGUGUCCCACUGAUGAUGCCCUCAUCUUCGAUGUGGAGGUCCUUAUGUCUGCUGGCAAGAGACCCACUUUGGCUUGUGCUGUUUCUCCUAAUGCUUGGUACGGCUGGGUGAGUUACCCAGUGGCCAACAACUCGCCUCACGAAGAAUUUGACAACGUCAGAUAUCAAGAUCUCAUUCCACUGGAAACAGACAGCUCUGAUGAACCAGUCGGAGAUAUAAACCGACCAAGAAUAGUGGUCGGUCACAAUGUCGCUUACGACCGGGCGAAGGUCAAAGAGCAGUAUUGGUUGGGGAAGACUGGAGUCCGCUUCAUGGACACGAUGUCGAUGCACACGUGUGUCAGCGGCGUCACCAGCUACCAGCGCGCCGCGCUCAAGAGCAGCAAGGAGCCCGCGCCUGGAGACCUGGGCUGGAUGGAGAUCAGCUCGCUUAAUAGUCUCACUGAGGUACACAAGCUAUACUGCGGCUCGUCCAUAGACAAACAAACCAGAGACGUGUUCGUAGAAGGCAAGAUGGCGGACGUCAUAGAGCGGUUCCCGGAAGUGAUGAGCUACUGCGCGGCGGAUGUGGGCGCCACCUGGCGGGUGCUGGUGGAACUACUGCCGCUGUUUAUGGAGCGGUUUCCGCAUCCGGUCACGCUGGCUGGUAUGCUUGAGUUAGGUUCAACCUACCUUCCAGUGAACUCAAACUGGACUAGAUACAUAGAAUCAUCAGAAACAGUCUUCCAAGACUUAAAUCUGGAAUCGAGGCAGCUCUUAUCGCUAAAAGCGGAUGAAGCAUGCCGACUUAUGAUCAAUGAGGAGUACAAAAAUGAUCUCUGGAUGUGGAACCAAGAUUGGUCCACGCAAACCUUGAAAUUAAAAAAGGCUACCAAGAAAAAAAUGAAAGAAAUAAGUGACUUACAAGCGGAAUUUGAAAAUAUGGAAACAGAUAAUGAUAUUGUACAAGAAACAAAUAGUAACGAAGAUUUGGAAGCAAAAUUGAAAACAUUUAAAGUCCUAAAUCAAGAAUACAUAGAUUUAAAAACAAAACCGUGCCAUAAACAAAUAAGUGACAGUCAAUUGAAGGUUCUGAGCAAAAAGUUUCAAUACCUCUUCGACUUGGCGGAACUACUUCCGGUGAAGCGGCCAUAUUUGCCCGGAUAUCCGGCCUGGUACCGGAAACUGUGUACAAAGCCCGGGAAAGCUAAUAAUGUUACUACAAGUAUGCAGAUAACUCCAUCCCUCCUUCGGCUGAGCUGGGAGGGGUAUCCGCUGCACUAUUUAGCUGAUGAAGGCUGGGGCUUCCUCGUGCCCUCUAGCCACUACCAGGAUGAGGAUGAUGGUACACCGAGGAUCCCGCUGAAGCAGCUAUUGGAGAAGUGCCCGGUGGUGGAGUGCAAACAAGAUGGCGGCGCCGGUGCGCGCAGCAUGGAGAAACUGUCGCGGAGGGUCGAGGAGGACAUGGGCAAGCGCACGUACUACGCGCGGCGCAAGUUGGACGAGCAGGCGGCGGCGAACAAGUACCACGGCCUGGGCGUGUGGACCGGGCUGCUGCUGCAAGGAUGUUGUCACUUCUUCCGACUGCCUCACAAGGAUGGUCCGAAGUACAAAGUGGGGAACCCCCUCGCUAGAGAUUUCCUGGACAUGUUCAGUCAAAACGUGCUGUCUGCGCAGGGAAACGAUGCUGAAAAGGUUUUACUAUCAGGCCGUAUGAUGUCAUACUGGCGGAACAACCGCUCCCGUAUACUGGGGCAGCAAGUAGUGUGGAGGUCGAGGGACCAGGGCGCCAUACUGCCUCAAGUGGUCGUCGCAGGGACACUUACUAGACGCGCAUCCGAGCCCACGUGGAUGACGGCGAGCAACGCACACGCAGAACGAGUCGGAUCGGAGCUGCGCGCCAUGGUGCAGGCCCCACCCGGGUAUAGGUUCAUAGGGGCUGAUGUUGACUCGCAGGAGCUCUGGAUAGCCGCCCUACUCGGCGACAGUUCCAUCGGCCUGGCUGGAGGCUCGGCCUUCGGUUGGUCAGUCCUAGCCGGCAGCAAGCAAGCUGGCAGCGACUUACACUCGCUGACGGCUAGCGCUAUAGGCGUGAGUCGUGAUCAUGCUAAGGUUAUCAACUAUGCACGGAUUUAUGGUGCCGGCCAGAACUUCGCAGAAAGACUCCUGAAGCAAUUCAACCCGACAAUGACCAACGCUGAGGCGAAACACAAAGCAGCUAAAAUGUUCGCGUCCACAAAGGGCAAGAGAGUUUACACGCUUAAGAAGCAAUAUAUGGAGGGGUUCAUGGAGGAAGAUGUUGAAGAUCAGACAGUGGAGAUGGCCGGUUAUAAUGCGAUGCGGCUAGCCAAGUUAAGCGGGCGGCGCGUAGAUGAAAUGUUCGAGCGAGCACGCUGGGUCGGCGGGACUGAGUCCGACAUGUUCAAUAAACUUGAGGAGAUUGCGGAUUCCGAAGCUCCCUCAACCGCUUUCCUCUCCGGCCGUCUCUCCCGGGCUCUAGAAGCGGAAUCAGGGCGCUACGACGGCACCAAACACAACUGGGUGGUUCAGAGCGCGGCCGCCGACUUCCUGCACCUCAUGUUGGUGUGUAUGAGGGACCGCGCUCCGGAGGCUAGGUUCUGCCUGAGUUUCCACGACGAGGUGCGUUACUUGGUUCCUGAUGAGCAUCGGUACGAGGCGGCACUGGCGCUGCAGCUCACCAACCUCAUGACCCGGGCGUUCUGCUCGCAGAGAGUGGGCAUGAACGACCUCCCUCUUUCGGUGGCCUUCUUCACUUCGGUGGAAGUGGACGCGGCUCUCAGAAAGGAGUCGAACCUCUCCUGUGUGACUCCUUCGAACCCUCACGGCUUAGAAAAAGGUUAUGGAAUACCAGACGGAGAGUCUUUGGAUAUAUUCGCUAUCCUAGAAAAGUGCGGAAUGAAAUCGUCUGUUAGUGAUGAAUUAAAAUAAAAGUUGUAUGAAAAUGUU